AUGACGCAAGCUGAGGUUUCCUAUCUUCCAUUGACUCAAGACAAGACUGUACUAUCUGCUUUUGUUCCUCAACAUAUUCUUUCGCAAUGGUUUACUUCACGUCGAAUUUCCUUGUUUAUUGCACUUGAUAUAUCUGGCUCUAUGUCUGGGUCAGGCAUUACUCAAGCGAAAGCUGCCAUAUUAACACUGCUCGAGAAACUUCUGUCCACCGGAGCUGUCUUGGAGACAGAUAUAACAUGUUUCUUUUUCCAUCAUUCUUGUCAAGUUGUUCCAUUUGAAGAGCAUCCCGAAUUAAGAUGGGCUAAUGAUGGCAUUAGAAGAUAUUUUGACAACGUGAAUGCAGGAGGAGGUACUAGCUUCGGAAGUGUCUUCACCUCGAUUCGUGAUAACAUUUACAGAGCAAAACACGAUUUGGUGAUAAUCUUCUUCACUGAUGGACAAGAUGGCUGCGGUCUCAAUGCAGAAGACAAAUUGCGGCUGGCAAAAACAUUUGCUGACUCAAAUGUCGCUGUCGAGGUUCAUACUAUUGGAUUCACUUCUGGUCAUGAUGCUGCAUUGUUGUCGUGGCUUACGACUGCUGGUACGAACCAGGGAAAUUUCCAAUAUGUGAAAAGCUCAAGUGAUAUUCCAGAGACAAUGAGCGUUACACUGGAUUUACUCAGUCUGGAAGAUCGCACUUUGCAUCUUAAAGUCGAUGAAUUCGAGUCAGCGCGUAUUUCUAUUAACGACGAAGGCAAGGGUACUGUCAUCCUACCCAAUGAACAAGUGACUAAUCUUGAAAAAAGGCAGAUACUUCUUAUAAAGGAUAAAGAUGGAAUAGAGAACGAAAGAAUUAAUUUGAUACGUCGCGUUGAAGAAAAUUCGCCGGAAGCAAAUCUAUUAUAUAUCUAUUUUAUUCAGCGAGAGAUCACUCGACUAAGCAAUGAAGUCAUUAAUCUCACUCACAACAAUCGUAAAGUCCUCAAUAACAUUUCUGACGAAACUAGUAAAUAUGAUGAAAAGCUAAAUCUUACACUCGAACGUGCUUUCAAAACCAAAUCAGCACAUCGUAAUGUAACAAUACAACUGUGUAUGGAAACUAAAGCUAUUCUAAAUCGUUUCAAUGGGCUAUUGUCAGAAGCCUUAAAGGGUACUUUAACGAAUGAAAAGAUUGCCAGUUUCAAUGAUCUUGCGUACAAGAACGUUACAAAGCAACGGUUGAAAAAGAAAUUGGACAGUCGUAUCAUGAAAAAUGUGGAACAGAUGGAGGCCGUGGAAGAGAGAAUAAAGAAUGUUGUUAAUACUCUAGAUUUCGACAAAUUAGAAGAGGAGGAGACAUCGGAAAACUUGCGCACCUUUACUUGCGCUCUUACAACCGAUAACUACGUCGAAGCAAUGAGGGAAGGAGAAUGUCUCUGUCUUACUCUUGAUUUGGGACGCUCUCAGGCUGCAAUAGCCGAUCCAACCCAGAUGAGAAUCAAGAAGAUAAAUCAAUCAUUUUUGACGUCUGAUGCUUUCAUGAAUGCGGUCAAAUAUGCUCUUGACGAAGCACAAAGUGCAGAAGACGUUCAUGGUGGAUUUAGUGGCAGUUCAUUCAGUGCGAGCAUUUUGAAAGGAUUGGCUAGGGAAGAUAUUACAGGUGUACUUCCUCUCUAUAUUAAUGAUAAGCACUGGUUAAUUGCUAAAGAGAAGAUGAAACCAAUAAUGGGAUACAUCACGACUCUUGAUGUAUUAGGCUAUACAUAUAGUCAGAUGACGACAAUUCCAUUUUUGGUAUUAGCAGCGGCACUCUCAGACACUUCUACUCAAUUCAGACAAUGGCAAUUGAAAUUGAUAUUAGAGACUUGUGAUGCUAUCUAUAAACAGUCUACCAACCUGCGAGAAGAGAACAAACAGCUCUUUGCAAAAUAUCUAGCUUCACCACUUAACCGGACCAUUGAUGUUGUUGCAAACAAUGAUGUAUUCCUUGGUCAUUUGCUUUGCGCUUUCAGAUGUGGUGAUGUAUCCGCACAGAGUUUACAGACAUGGCUCGAUGGAGGAAUGGUUAAGUACCUGAUUGAGGAGAAUAUACGACGAAGACUUAAUAUAUCAAUCAGUGUAAUAGACAAUCACUUUGAAAAUAUUCAGACAGCUCUUGGUAUUGAUCAAACGAAAUACUUUGAUGUCCCAAGAGACGAAUUCGAACAAGCAUACACCACCUACCUUAAGCAGAUUAAGGAGGCAUCCAAGACUACUUACAAUAGAUAUGUGUCAGCAUUCCACGCAGCAACUGAAUCAUCUAUUGUAGGCAAUGAAAAGAUAGAAGACCAAAUGGAAGUAGCCAUAAAACCCAAAUUCAAACAGCCUAUUAUUAGAACUAUCUAUUAUGAUGCGAAUACAUAUGGAAUGCCCGAAACAACCAAGACAGCUAUUGUGACAAUUAAGAGGGAGACAAUGCAUCGAGUUGAAAUUGUUCUGCGCUUCAAUAAAUUAUUUGAAUACGCUAUUACUAAUGCAACGCCUGUUGUAACCGAGGCACCCGAUCUUCGUAACUUCACUGAGGAUGAUACCAAACUAGCACAUAAGUUUUAUGCAUCAUUUAGUCCUAAGGUUUUCUUGGCUACUUUCUUGCAGGCAUUCAAUCAUCGACAGAAUUCAACAAGACGUGAGGCAGCGGCGGCGGAUCCACCGUCAUUUUACGAACCAUUUUCGGAAGUUACUGCAGAUAUUAUUAUAUCGGAGAAUUUCAACGAUUACGUUAAUAGAACCACCAAACGAAUAAUGAAUGAUAUAAUUGAGUCGUAUACGCGUCAAGAGGAUAAUGCUAUAGGAUUAAGCUUUUGGGAAGCUGAUUCUAUGGAGGAAGCAGCUGGUAUGCUGAUGUUAAACGUCAGAUUCAGAGGGCGCAAAGUAUAUGCUCAGAUCGUGAAAGCAAUCCAGAAACCCAAUAUGCCGUGUUCGCGCGAGAAGAUAGAAAUGUUAACAUCUGGCGUAUGCAGAGGUGUGAAACUAUUUGAAGAUCGUUCAGGAACUGCUUGGCUUCCAUCUCGCCAAAACCUUUAUCGUACUCUUCGUGCACAGAAACCAAACAUUCCUGAUAUCGAUUUCUGGAUUGGUUUGUUUCCAUCGUUCAAAGAAUAUCUGGAACAUCAAUUCGAUGAUACAUAUAUUGAAAAUAAGAAGCAUGAGAGAUAUUUGGAAAGAAUUGCGAGAAAGAAAGUCUAA